CGGAUCACCUAGACCUCGUACCACCGGGCUCUCGGACUUGUUCAUCUAACGGGAACGGCCCUUAAACCCUAGUAAGAUUUCUCUAACCAAAGGCCCCUUCCGUCCGGCGAAUGCUUCUCUAGUUUCUGCACAUGAAAGAAAUGGGGACCAAAAAAUUCAAGGCCAAAACAUCUGACGACGACGUAGGCGCCCUCAAAUCCGAAGUAGCCUCAUUCGCUUCUUCCAUUGGCCUCUCUACUUCCGGUGCCCCCUCCUCCGGCUUCGACGAUUCUGAUUUUCGCAAGAAAGGCCCCCUUAAACCCCGACCCCAGAAACCCCACAAUGGAAACAGGUCACCGCUGAACAAGAGGGACAAACCCAAAAACAAUCAGCAGGUGACGGACACGAACAGAAUCAAAUCCGACUCCAGACCCAAACCCAAACCUGGAUUUCAACUCGAAAAUUAUGGUUCCAAAUUUGCCACCGAGAAGUUCAAGAAUUUACCUAAGCUUCCGCUGGUGAAAGCAAGUGCACUGGGGGUCUGGUACGUCGAUGCUGCUGAGCUGGAGGAGAAAGUGUUAGGAGGGCCGGAAGCAAAGAAGAAAGUUGAGAUUAAGAAUUUGGAGGAAUGGAAGGCUGUGGUGGAGAAGAAGAAGGAGCAGGGAGAGAGAUUGUUGGCUCAAUAUGCGCGGGACUAUGAGACUUCCAGAGGCCAAAGUGGAGAUAUUAAGAUGCUCAUUGCCACUCAGCGCUCUGGAACAGCUGUGGAUAAGGUUUCUGCUUUUUCGGUUAUGGUUGGAGAUAACACGGUUGCUAAUAUCAGAUCGCUUGACGUGCUUUUGGGAAUGGUGACUUCAAAAAUUGGAAAGCGCCAUGCCUUGACAGCUUUUGAAGUACUGAAAGAGCUUUUUGUUUCUAGCUUGUUACCAGAUCGUAAGCUAAAGACACUAUUUCAGCGGCCUUUAAAUCUUCUUCCUGAGACUAAAGAUGGCUACUCUCUUCUACUUUUUUGGUAUUGGGAGGAAUGCCUAAAAGAAAGGUAUGAAUGCUUUGUUUCUGCCAUUGAAGAAGCAUCAAGAGAUGUUUUAGCAAUACUUAAAGACAAGGCGCUGAAGACCAUCUAUACUCUGUUGAAGAGCAAACCAGAGCAAGAGCGUCGUUUGCUUUCUGCAUUAGUGAAUAAACUGGGUGAUCCUGGAAAGAAAGCUGCAUCCAAUGCUGAUUUUCAUCUGUCAAAGCUUUUAGCGGACCAUCCAAGCAUGAAGGCUGUGGUUAUUGAUGAAGUGGACAAUUUUCUUUUCCGGCCUCAUCUUGGGUUACAAGCCAAAUUUUAUGCUGUUAACUUCUUAAGCCAAAUUCGUUUAAGUCACAAGGGAGAUGGGCCGAAAGUGGCAAAGCGUUUGAUCGAGGUGUAUUUUGCACUAUUUAAGGUAUUGAUUUCUGAUGCCAAUAGGGAGCAUGGGACGGACAAAUGCAGUAAAGAAAAAACUAGAAAAAUUUCUAGUUCAAAAUGUAAUCCAAAGAAUGCUCCGCCAGAAUCUCAUGUUGAGAUGGAUUCCCGGUUAUUAACAGCUCUUUUAACAGGUGUGAAUAGAGCGUUUCCUUUUGUUUCUAGCGAUGAAUCUGACAAGAUUAUUGAAACCCAGACGCCAAUCUUAUUUCAGCUGGUUCAUUCUAGGAGCUUUAAUGUGGGAGUUCAAGCAUUAAUGCUUCUUGACAAGAUCACUACCAGAAAUCAAAUUGUUAGUGAUAGAUUCUACCGAGCCUUAUAUUCAAAACUCUUGCUACCAGCUGCCAUGAACUCUUCAAAGGAGGAAAUGUUUAUUGGGCUACUUCUAAGGGCGAUGAAAAAUGACAUCAAUCUAAGGAGGAUUGCUGCUUUCUCUAAGCGUUUGUUACAGGUUGCUCUUCAGCAGCCACCUCAAUAUGCAUGUGGAUGUCUUUUCCUCCUCUCUGAAGUUCUUAAAGCAAGACCGCCCCUUUGGAAUAUAGUGCUUCAGAAUGAGUUGAUUGAUGAGGACUUUGAGCAUUUUGAAGACGUGCCGGAGGACGAUGAAUAUGCAGCCAAUCCAAAACAAAAUGAAAUGGUUGAAUCAGCUAAUGCUCAGGGUGGUGCUAAUAUUGACAUGGAUUCUGAUGCCUUACCCAGUGAAGAUGGCUCUGCACCUUCUGAUUCUGAAGGCAAGGUUUCAGAUGAUGCAAAUGAUCUACUUCUGGAAGGUGGUCAACGUCAACUUCAGGGUUCCAAGCCAAUGGCUGAUGGUAGUGGGCUUGCGUCUGAAGUGACAACUAUUAGGACCACUUCCCCUGGAGGUUACAGCCCACGACACAGGGAACCUUUAUACUGUAAUGCAGAUCGUGCUAGUUGGUGGGAGUUGAGAGUAUUGGCAUCACACGUGCACCCAUCUGUUGCUACCAUGGCCAACACACUUCUUUCUGGGGCCAACAUUGUUUACAAUGGCAACCCUCUUAGUGAUCUUUCACUUACCGCCUUUCUGGACAAGUUCAUUGAAAAGAAACCAAAACAGAGCACAUGGCAUGGUGCCUCCGAAAUUGAACCUACUAAAAAGCUUGACACGAACAACCUGUUGAUUGGACCUGAAAUUCUCUCACUGGCAGAAAGUGAUGUGCCUCCGGAGGAUCUUGUGUUCCAUAGGUUCUACACCAACAAGAUGCAUUCCUCCAAUAAACCGAAAAAGAAGAAGAAGAAGAAGAAAGGAGCAGAGGACGAAACUGCUGAAGAGUUGUACGCCGUUGAUGGUGAAGAUGAUGAAAGCGACAAUGAAGCGAUUGAGAACAUGUUGGAUUCAUCAAAUCCUCCUUUGGAAAAUGAUGGAGAGUAUGAUUACGAUGAUUUGGACAACAUAGCCAAUGAAGAUGAUGAUGAGCUAAUUGGUCAGGUAAGUGAUGGGGAGCCGGAUCUCCCUUCUCAUGUUGCUGGUGGUGAACUCGAGGGUUCUGAGAUCAGCGGCUGGGAAGAUGAUGAUGGUGUUGAGGUAGGAUUAGGAGAAGCAGAUGAUGGGUGUAGUGAUGAGGACAGCUUCGACGAGAGGAGGAGGAGAGGAAAAUCAAAAUCACGUAGGAAUGCUUCGGCAUCGCCUUUUGCAAGCAUGGAAGAAUAUGAGCAUCUCAUCAUCAAUGACGGAAGUCCAGAAACAGAGGUUCCCAAUCAGAAGAAGCAUGUAAGCACCAAGAAGAAAAGGAGGACGUCCAAGUGAGGGGUCGGUCUAACAUGUUUUGCAGAUCUUUGCAAAUGUUGUCGUUGAGCUUUCUUACGUAUUGCCAUGUGUAAUGGGGUUUGUUCCCUUGAAAUUUUGCUAUAGCCGCAGUGGUCGUCCUGCUGAGUUGUAUAUUUUCCAUUGUGGUACUGUAUCACAACGAGAGAAAUGAAAAGAAACAGAUGCAUAAUCCAGUGGUAAUUUUGAUUGGGUCGGCAAGAAA